CCUGCCCACCUGCGCGUGCUCUCGGCUAAAGUGCCAGAGUGGGAAUUUCUCGUUUUUUUGCUCUUUGGGCCAGUCUCCACACACAGUCGUCACUCAGCCCUGGACAAGCCCUCCUUUCCUCCCCCCCUGCUGCUCCCUCAAUUGACUUACUGAACCGCGCGCACCCACCGAAUUGGAACCUCUUUUUUUGACUCAGCAAGCCAGAAAAGAUCAAGUACGUCUGCCCACGAAUUUCGAUAUCCUCUUCCUCUUCUCUUCUCCUUCACGGAUCUACUAACACACAGUCAGACGUCGCCAAAAUGGUCAAGAAGAGAAAGAACAACGGACGCAACAAGAAGGGCCGCGGCCACGUCAAGCCCAUCCGCUGCAGCAACUGCUCGCGAUGCACGCCCAAGGACAAGGCGAUCAAGCGCUUCACCAUCCGCAACAUGGUCGAGUCUGCUGCCAUCCGUGAUAUCUCGGACGCCUCCGUCUUCGCGGAGUACACCGUGCCCAAGAUGUACCUGAAGCUGCAGUACUGUGUCUCUUGCGCCAUUCACGGCAAGAUUGUCCGUGUUCGUUCCGUCGAGGGCCGCCGCAACCGCGCUCCCCCUCCCCGUGUCCGCUACAACAAGGACGGCAAGAAGAUCGUUCCCAACACCCCCAAGACCACCACUGCUUAAGCGAUUGCUUCCAUGAGGUUGCUGUUGGUGUUGCGUCUGGCGUUGGCGAUGAAGAGCAGUGGAUGGAAAAGUUCUCCUUUCAGGCAUGGUUUGGGAACUGGAUUGGGCUUUAUGACGUUCGUCUAGGAGAAUCGGGCCAUGGCCCUAGGUUAGCAAAGGAAAUGCUUCAUGACACU